AUGGGAUUUGAUACUAUGGGAAUUAUUUUUCGUUUCGUAUUUGGAAAUCAAUUUAUAGAUUUACACUUUAACACAUACGAACAAUCGAAAGGGAGUGCGUCUUCAUCUGAUCGGGGGAAGAGGAAACAAAUCGGCAGCAACAUUGACAUCGGAGUGGCUGAUGAAAUCGCGAGGAGGGGCGGACAUCGACCUCCGGUAACGAUUAGUGAAGGAAAAGAGGCGGCGACUUCCCUUGGCUGUUUUUCUGAUCUGACGAAAAUCACAAACGGAAAUGGCAGGAGUGGCAAUUCUCAGUGGGGUGUCGGAGGUGCUUACUUGACGAAUGGAAGAGACGGGGUAGAGGUGGCAGUUGGUGUCUCCGACGAGCCCUUCGUGGCUUGUUCUUCAUCUUUGGCAGCUUUCAGAGCGACGGAGAAAGUACCCAUGUAG